GUCAAGCAGGAGGCUUGGAUGCGUCCCGGGUUGACCAGGUCUGCUAGAGUUCUGGUUGAGGAACUUCUGUUGGUGUUUGGGCCGCAGGAAUCUGCAACCAUGGAUGACUCACAUGUGCCUGGAGACCUGCUUUAGAUUUGGGUUUUCCUCUAAUCCUUGCAACAACGCUAACGUUGAAUGACUUGUAGAACAGACCUAUGGUGAAGCGACUUCCAGUCAUUUGGAAAGGAUGGGAUGAAAAGGAACCUGGGUGAUAAUUUUGAUGUCUGCAAGAUUUAGUACCAGUGUAAUGGGAUUAUCGGUAACACCUUCACUGCAGAAAAAGCCACCUGGCGUUAUAACUGGCAGCAGCCGAGAACUAAUCCUUUCCCAUCUCUUGGAUGUCAUUCAUGAAGCUCAAAGCGAUUUCUGCCCUGCUAACUGUGAUUAAUUUUAUAAACAACAACAAAAAACCAGGAUUCAUUAUUGGUACUAUGACAAGAGCACGAGAAUCUGAAUUAGGUAGAAUUAGAAUUUUGAAGCACUGUCUUGAAGACUCAAGACUGUAAUUCUGGCUACUUGGGAAGUAGAAGCAGGAAAUUUGUAGACGCAAGGCCUGCUUGGUCUACAAGGCCAGUGGUGGCAGAGUCAACAUUGAGCUAUGCUUCGUGGUGUUCUUGGGAAGGUCUUUCGACUUGCUGGCUAUACCAUUCAAUAUGGCUGUAUAGCUCAUUGUGCUUUUGAAUACGUUGGUGGUGUUGUAAUGUGUUCUGGACCAUCAAUGGAACCCACAAUUCAAAAUUCAGAUAUUGUCUUUGCAGAAAAUCUUAGCCGACAUUUUUAUGCUAUCCAAAGAGGUGACAUUGUAAUUGCAAAAAGUCCAAGUGAUCCAAAAUCAAAUAUUUGUAAAAGAGUAAUUGGUUUGGAAGGAGAUAAAAUCCUCACUACCAGUUCAUCAGAUAUCUUUAAAAGCCAUAAUUAUGUGCCAACAGGUCAUGUUUGGUUAGAAGGUGACAACUUACAGAAUUCUACAGACUCCAGGUACUACGGACCUAUUCCAUAUGGACUAAUACGAGGACGGAUCUUCCUUAAGAUUUGGCCUUUCAGUGAUUUUGGAUUUCUGCGUGACAGCCCAAAUGGCCACAGAUGUUCUGAUGAUUAGCAAGCAUUUACUUUUUUGACUUGAUUAUUGUCUCCUAUUCAAAUGAAUUUAUUACUGCAGCUGAAACCAUGAACUUACAAAUAAACUAUUUGCUACUCA